AUGUCGGCCUCUCCCCACGACACGCGGGUCCAGGACUUUGCCUCUGUCCCUCCGCCGCCCACCGACCCCGAGCGCGCUGCCUCGGACUCAGCCGCCCCUCCGCAAUUGACCCUCGACACCCAGCUCAAUGGAGAACAAAGAAGUCGCGGCCGCUCGGCCACUGCAACCACCGCCACCAGCGCUGCCGCUACCAACCCCGAUACCCUCCUCUCCCCGGACCGCGGUUCUGUAGACUCGACACUGCGCCGCCGAAUCACCAGAUCUCACACCGUCAAGCACUACCAAUCCCCCACCCGCCAGUACCACCGCCAGGAGCCUGGCGCCGAGCCUGGUGUCGACACAAAAAACGACAACGAGGCUGCAAAUUACCACCAUUUGUACGCCCCCUGUCAAAUCACCGUAGUCGACUUUUCCGACCAGAGGGUCGAGUGCCACGAGCUUGACAAUGGCACACUCGAGGAAUUCCUAAAACAUCCAAAGGAGGAUUGGGUCACUUCGCGAUGGAUCAAUGUCAACGGCUUGAGCUGGGAUGUAAUCCGCACCCUGGGAAACCACAAGCAGCUGCAUCGCCUGGCUAUUGAGGACUUGAUGAGCCCACAGAGUAGGACAAAAGUCGAUUGGUACUCGGACCAGGCCUUUAUGCUCUUGACCCUCUCCAAGCUCGUCCGCACCCCCGUAGACGAAGACUCGGAAAGCGAUUCCGACUCGGACUUGGAUGACGCCGACCGACGUUACGAGGCUUCUCGGUCACGCUCCCGCUCACGUCAUUCCAGUCAUUACCAUAAGAAAAAGAAGAACCGUAAGCCGUCCUUGUUCAAACGGGCAAAGAGGAUGUUCUUUUCGGGAAACAAUGACGGGAGAAAGUCGAAAAAGGACGACAUGCUACACGCCUUGGAUGGUAUAGAGAAGCAGCUUGACGGCACGCCUCUUGAAAGGCUUAGGACAGCCACGCCUCCAGCAACGACUGCAGUCCGUACCCUCCAGCGCUACCGUGGCGGAUACAACCUUGACCGCAUAGUCUAUCUGGAACAACACUCGGCGCUCACAGAAAAGCACCUGACUGUCAGUGUCGAGCAGGUCAGCAUCUUCUUGCUCGCCGACAACUCGGUCAUUUCCUUCUUCGAGCACUCAGCCGACGAUGUCGAAGACAUGAUCCUGAAGCGUCUCCGCACCGAAGACACAAUUCUCCGUCGCAGCCAAGACAGCAGCAUGGUUGUGCAAGCCAUCAUCGACGCCAUUGUUGAUUUAGCCAUCCCCGUCGUAGCCGCCUACGAGGACGCCAUGGGCGAACUGGAACUCGACGUUCUCGAGGAGCCUGAGCUGCACCACAGCCAACUUCUCUACCUCCUCACCUCCGAGCUCUCCAUCCUGCGCAACACCAUCCAGCCCAUUGUCUCGCUCAUCAACUCGCUGCGCGACCACAAAGCAGACCCCAUGACGCAAUCCAUGCUCGCCCACACAAACUCUAAUCUCGCCACGCGCAAAACCAUGACAUCCAUCAACAUCAGCCCCCUUGCCCACACGUACCUCGGCGACGUCGAAGACCACUGCAUCAUGAUCACCGCAUCCCUCGACCAGAUGCGCCGCGCAGCCGACAACCUCAUCGACCUCAUCUUCAACAUGAUGGGCGCCUACCAAAACGAAUCCAUGAAAAUCCUCACCGCAACAACCAUCUUCUUCUUACCCCUCACCUUCCUCGUCGGUUACUUUGGCCAGAACUUCGCCCGCUUCAACGGCGUCCAGCAUCAUUCCGACGCCUUUUUCUGGAUCAUUGCCAUACCCGUCAUGUUUGCUACCCUGCUGGUGCUUAUGGCUGAUCGUAUUAUUCGCAAGUUCAAGCAUUGGAGUGGCAAGUUGAAGCGGAGAGAGGCCAAGCGUAGGGCAGUGAGGAAGGCUAGGGCCGGCAUGAAUGGCAUGUUGGGGGAUGGAAUGGGCAUGGGGCGGCAUGGGGUUGAGGGACAUCAGCAUCGCGCAAAGAGGAGGCAGACUAUGUAUACAAAGGGCAAUAUUGGGUCGUUUUGA